AGCUCGUCGACCUGAAUAAAACGUCGUAGUUGUUCCUCAUGUAAUGUACUGAUGGAUUAAUAAAAACCUCUGAAACCCCGUGGCAUUCAGCGAUAACAAGUACAAUAAAAAUAAGUCGUGCAACACCACAGAAGAAGAGAAUAGGUAUUCGGUGCGUGUGUGCUGUACUGCUGGUUUUUUUUUCCCCCCCAUGCAGAGCGUAAAGUGAUAUACCCAUACCCAGUGCGUGACAGAGUUCUUCAUUACAUCGUCGACGGGAAAGAAAGUUAAUUCAUCAUAGUGUUUCUGCAGUGUAGAAUAGAAGAAAAAUAAUUAAAAAAACAGGGUUAACUUAAACCAAACAGACAAACGGCUGUUGCUCCUCAGCCCAGGGCGCGUCGUGAUGAUAGUUGUUGACUGGUCCUCUCGCCUGCAUGACGAGAGAAGCGGGCUUCAAGAGCAGCACGUUAAUUGCCUACUGCUAGUAAAUUAACCCUGUCUGUUGGGAUCGAACAUCUUCGUCGAGAACAGCAGACGAGACAAUGGCUGUUAACGCCACAGUGGCUGCAAACGCGAACGCCCUGUCUAGCGACAUCAGCAGGCGCAAUCCCCAGGACGAGUACGAGCUCAUACAGAGGAUCGGCAGUGGGACCUACGGCGAUGUUUACAAAGCCAAGAGACUCUCCAUGAAUGAUUUGGCUGCCAUCAAGGUCAUUAAACUUGAGCCUGGAGAUGAUUUUGCUAUAAUACAGCAAGAAAUUCUCAUGAUGAAGGACUGCAGGCAUCCAAAUAUUAUAGCUUAUUAUGGCAGUUAUCUCAGAAGGGAUAAAUUAUGGAUAUGCAUGGAGUAUUGUGGUGGUGGAUCACUACAGGACAUCUAUCACAUUACUGGCCCGCUGUCAGAAAUCCAAAUAUCUUACAUGUGUAGAGAAACGUUGCUUGGGCUUGCGUAUCUGCAUGGCAUGGGCAAAAUGCACAGAGAUAUAAAAGGUGCAAACAUUUUGCUCACAGAAGCUGGUGAUGUGAAACUUGCCGAUUUCGGUGUGUCAGCACAAAUAACAGCAACAAUAAACAAAAGAAGAAGUUUUAUUGGCACACCUUAUUGGAUGGCUCCAGAGGUUGCAGCAGUUGAAAGGAAAGGAGGUUACAACCAGUUAUGUGAUAUUUGGGCCAUAGGCAUAACAGCAAUAGAAUUAGCAGAACUGCAGCCUCCUAUGUUUGAUCUCCAUCCAAUGAGAGCGUUGUUUCUCAUGUCGAAAUCUGGAUUUAAGCCGCCAACAUUGAAAGAACGUGACAAAUGGAGUCAAACGUUUCACAAUUUCGUGAAAGUUGCUCUCACAAAAAAUCCAAAAAAGAGGCCAACAGCUGAAAAGCUUUUGCAGCAUGCAUUUUUUCAAAGUGAAAUGAGCAAACGACUUGCUUUAGAAUUGCUGCAAAAGGUUUCAAAUCCUAGCACUACGUACGCCGAUAUGGAGCCAGACGAGGAUGGUGCCGUGCCAAACGUACCACAGCGCAUCGCUUCGAGGCACACAGCAAAACAAAGACCAAAGAGUCCCGUUUCACAAUUAGACAGCGAGGAUCGGUUUAAUUUAGAUGAAGGAACGCUUCAGAGGGAUUCAACAUCACCUUCAGUUGAUAAUAACCCAGCGUGGGAUAUUAUAGACAUUAUGAAUAACGUUAAGACUGUUCAUAACUGUGAUGUGCAUCCAGAUUGCGGGAUCGGCUCUGUUUUCGAGGAUGGCCAAGAAAAGAGUCUAUUGCAGUACAUUGAUGAGGAGUUGUUGCUAAGGGGAAAUGCGAUUGCCGGGCAUUGUGACCAGCUGUAUUCGUUGCAAGCAACGCUGCCUUUAGGAGAGACGUCCAACGAUUGCGAGGCACAUAGAAGAUUCUACGAAAAUCUGUCAGGAGAGAACGAGAGGCCGAAGAACGGUGAGGACGGCGUAGGACCAGACUUACUCUCGGACACGCCGCCAGUGCCACCGAGAAGGAGGGACAGAAAGCGACACACGCCUCCCAGGCCAAUCAGCAAUGGAUUGCCGCCUACGCCGAAAGUUCACAUGGGAGCGUGUUUCUCAAAGGUGUUUAACGGUUGUCCUCUGAGAAUACACUGCACGGCGAGUUGGAUACAUCCGGAAACGAGGGACCAGCAUCUCCUCAUAGCGGCCGAAGAGGGGAUUUACAAUCUGAAUUUGAACGAAUUGCAUGAGACGGCGAUAGAUCAGCUCUAUCCGAGGCGAACUAUUUGGAUGUAUGUCAUCAAGGGUGUAUUAAUGUCGCUGUCAGGAAAAACGCCACAGCUGUACAGACACGACUUAUUGGCUAUGCAAAGCAAGCAGUCGCACAGGUUUUCGCUCCACAUGAACAAAAUACCAGAGAGAUUAGUCCCCAGGAAAUUUGCUCUUACGACUCGAGUGCCUGAUACGAAAGGUUGCACCAAGUGUUGCGUGGGAAGAAAUCCUUAUAACGGAUAUAAAUAUUUGUGUGGAGCAAUGCCUGCAGGAAUUUUCUUGAUGCAGUGGUACGACCCAUUGAAUAAGUUUAUGUUAUUGAAAUAUUUUGAGUGUCCACUGCCCUCGCCGUUAAACGUCUUCGAGAUGAUUAUCACACCAGAGAUCGAAUAUCCGAUGGUGUGCGUUUCUGUUAAGCAAGCUUAUCAUCAAAACAAAUUGAAGCUUGAUCUUAUCAAUAUGAAUUUCGGAGCUAGUUGGUUUCACAGCGACGAAUUAGAAGAGAUGGACGGUUCUGCGACAGUCAUUCCACGAAGAGAAACUCUUCAAGUAGUUAGUGUAGCGCAGCUUGAAAAAGAUGCCAUUCUUGUUUGUUGUGACAAUUCGGUUAAAAUAGUCACGUUGAGUGGAAAACUACGGAUUAGUAAGAAACAAAUAUCAGAACUGCAAUUCAAUUUCAAAAUUGAAUCGAUAAUUGUUUUACCGGAUAGCGUUCUUGCCUUUCAUAAAAACGGAAUGCAAGGCCGUAGUUUCAAAAAUGGUGAAAUUACACAAGAGAUCAGCGAUCCUAGUCGGACGUACAGAUUAUUGGGUUCGGAUAAAGUCGUUAUGCUGGAGAGUCAUUUAGUACAUACUGGCACGUUGAACGAGAGCGAAGGCGCCGAUCUCUACAUCCUCGCGGGCCACGAAGCGAGUUAUUAG